AUGUCUACAACUGAUAAAAUUCUUUAUCCAAAUCAAUUGAAACCCGUUACCGAAGAUUUACGCGACGAUGAAUUGAUCCGUAGAUUAAAGGCAUUGUCAUUAACACUGCAAGCGAUGGGCCAAGAUGAUGAGAACUUCAGUCGAUACACACCACUGGCUGUUCAUCUUGUAAAAGAUUUUUUCUUGAGCCACGAUUCCAAGGACGUUCAGCUUCUGGUCGCUUGUUGUAUUGCUGACAUUCUAAGAGUGUUUGCACCAGAAGCUCCAUACAAGGAACCUGAUCAAAUAAAGGAAAUUUUUGAAUUCCUCAUUCGUCAACUUAAUGGAUUGAAAGAUCCAAAAGAUCCUGCAUUUAAGCGCUACUUUUACCUUCUCGAGAACCUCGCCUAUGUAAAGAGUUUCAAUAUGUGCUUUGAGCUUGUUGAGAGUCAAGAAAUCUUUUGCUCUCUCUUUAGCUUGAUAUUUAAGAUUGUUAACGAUGAACACAGUGAGAAGGUGAAAUCAUUCAUGCAGGAGAUUCUCGUUCCUCUCCUAUCUGAGUCAGAUUCAAUAUCUAAUGAGCUUCUGGAUAUUAUUUUUAUAAACAUCAUAGAGCCAAAUAAAACACAAAGGAAGAAUGCUUACAAUCUAGCAAAAGAUCUGAUUAAGAAGACCACAGACUCGCUAACGAUGUAUGUACAAGCAUUUCUGAAUGAAGCAUUAAUGCAGGAUAAGCCUGACAAGUCAUAUCAGAGUUCUAAACGAAUCUACGAUCUCAUCUACGAAUUAAAUGUUAUUGCACCUUCCUUGUUGCUUUCAGUCCUUCCUCAACUUGAGUGCAAAAUUAAAUCAUCAAAUGAAGGUGAACGUUUAAAAGCGGUCGCACUUCUAGCACGAAUGUUUAGUGAGAAGGACUCAAAAUUAGGGAAGCAACAUACAGUUUUGCUCAAUCAUUUUCUAGGACGCUUUUUGGAUAUUGCUGUUGCCAUUCGAAUAAAAUGCGUUCAAAGUACGAUGCACUUUUUAGUGAAUCAUACGAAUCUUCGUCCAGAAAUUAUAAACGUGUUAAAUGGUCGACAACAUGAUUCAGAUGAGAGUGUUCGCUAUGAAGUUGUUAACUCAAUUGUGGAAACAGCAAGACGCGACUAUAUAAUUGUAGCAGAAUCACCGGAACUUUUAGCGAUUCUUAAGGAACGCUCACAAGAUAAAAAAUUUAAGAUUCGACGAGCUGCCCUUAAUGGGUUGGCUUACAUUUACAAUAAGCAUCUACAAGCAGUUCAAGCGAGUGAAGCAACUAUUGAAUCGCCUCUUGAUACAGCAAAUUGGAUUCAGAUCAAAAUUCUUAAUGGUUAUUAUCAUGCAACUCUUGAAGAUCAACUGUUAAUAGAGCGACUUCUAAUCACAAACCUGGUUCCGUACACACUUCCAGCCAGUGAAAAAAUGAAAGCUCUUUACAAACUCUUUGCGACGAUUGAUGAUCAUGCGAUGAAAGCUUUUGUAGAAUUGCAAAAAAACCAAAUGAAAAUGCGUAAAACUGUGAUGGAUUGGAUUAAGCUGCACAAGAUCAAAGAAACGCCUGAAACACAAAAGGAAGUGACAAAGAAAAUGAAUAUGUUAAUGAAACUUUUUCCCGAUCCUCUAAAAUCACAAGAAUAUCUCGUAAAGUUUUCAGCUCAUUUACGAAAGGAUAAAAUGAUUUUGAUGGAUAUGGAAACCAUAUUGAGACGAGAUGUUGACAAUAAAGCGUGCACUGAGGCAAUGACGAGCAUUUUGAAGAAACUAGGAACACCAAUAAUGACGAAUAUUUAUUACAACACAGUUAAGAUUCUAUUAAGUCGAAUUGCAAGUGUUAUGAUAGAUCGUGAAGCACACUUUUUACACGACUCAGUACUGCGUCCAAUGAUGGCAUUGCUGAGCUUCGAGUUGAAUUUUGUAGCUGCUAGCAUUUUCAAAGCAUUGACACAUCUCGGAAGAUUCAAAUCACUUAUCGAUUCACAUCCUGAAGUUCUUGAAGAUCUUGCACCAAUUUGUAAACAUUUUGCAUUCAAUGGAACACCAAAACAAGCAAAACAUGCAAUUCGAUGUCUCUUUGUUAAUUCAAAUUCAAAUUCAAUUACAAAUGCAGAUAAGGAUAAUGAAAGCGUUGAAGAGACGAACAGGAAAAGAAUCAAAAAACAAAUUGAUCACAUUUUUCAAGAAAUUGUUGACGCAACAAAUCAAAAUUUAAAUGUAUCAUCAGAACAUUAUCGAACGGCAAUUGUGUCAUUCGGUCACAUUGCAUAUAACCUGCCUGAACGAUUUAAUAUCCCAUUGAAGAACAUAGUGUCGAGAAAGAUAGUAAAAGACUUGUUAAUUGGCGAUCUUCCUGAUGUUCGUCAACAUAAAGCUGUUGGUGACUGGUGUGAUGAAGAACAAUUGUCGGAAGAAAUUCGUUGUCGUGUUGAAGGAUUAAAAGCAAUUGCAAGAUGGCUUGUUGGGAUGAAAGACAACGUAGUCGCAGCACAGAAAACUUUUAGAAUGCUAUGUGCAUUUAUAAAUAAAGCUGGCGAUAUCCUUGAUAAAGGUCAAUUGAGUGAAGCAGAGAAAGCUUGGCUAAGAGUGGCUGCUGGCAAUGCGAUGUUGAAGAUAUGUGAACAAAAAGGUGUCGGAGAUGAGUACAAUGCAGAACAAUUUUUGACUUUAUCUACUUUGAUGGUAAAAAAGAAAUUUGAUGAUAAUUUCAGUUCUAAUCUUGCUUUCUUCCAGAACGAUCCAGUUCUCCAAGUGCGUGAAUUGUUCUUAAAGAAACUUCAUAAAGGUUUGUACAAAGGAAUUCCUCAUAAAUGUCUACCACUCGAUUUUAUGGGAAUCUAUUCGAUGUGCGGUCGUGAGACUGAUAAAAAACUAGGAGAACAGAUGAAGAGUAAUUACGAGGUGGAUGUGAACCAUCGACGAGAAUAUGUAAAAACAUUUUCCAACGGUGGAAUUGAAGGCGCUUUGGGCCAAUUAGCAAAUAUUUUACCUGACUACAUCCUGCCCUUCGCUGUGACAGUUUUGUCACACAGCAAUCUUCUUGAAGAUCGAACGAACAUUGACGAGCUGAAAAUUGCUGAGAAAUGUUUAAGUUUUAUUCUUGAGCCGCUCAUCAACAACAAAGAUACUUUCUGCUUUAGUCUUUACAAAAAUAUGAUUGAAAAAAUGAAAAAUGCCAAAAGCGCCUAUCAGCCACACAAUGAUACCAUCAAUGAAAAAUUAUGGACACUCUGUGACCUCUCAUUACAUCUCAUUCUUACAAAACUUAAGAACGUGGAUACGCGCGAGUAUUCACUUGACCAAGUAAACAUUCCUCGGAUGUAUUUUCAAGAGCAAGAUACAAACUUUAAGAAUGAGCACAACUACUUGUCAUUGGAAUUUAAAAGUCUUUUAACAGCUACAUCUACGAACGAUUCUGGAAAUGCCACUGUAAAUGCUGGACCAGCACCAAAACGUUCUGGAGAAAUUGUCGUGGCAUAUGAUCAAUCUAAACGGCUGAGAAACGCUUAAAGAUUUCAUUAAGAAAAUACAUUUAAUUCAUAAUUUCUCUUUUCCUUUCAUUUAUAAUCAAUUUUUUUUCGUGGUUUUCUUUGAAUUUAUUGCUCUUAAUGUUAUUCGUAUUAAAAGAAAUUGUGUUUCAUAUUUAACUGAAGCGUCGGUUUGUGUUUUUAUGUUUUUAAUAUAUUUAAGAACUUCAAAGCUCCAUUAUGGUUUUUACUUUAUUUGG